GAAGAUUCGGUAUUCACUUCCUGUCUUGCGCAGGAACGACGUCAGACUGAGCCAGCCAUGGCGACAGUGGUAGAGAAGUCAACGAAAGAGCGGCUGCUCUCUGCGUUGGAUGAUUUGGAGGUUUUAUCCCGGGAGCUGAUCGAGAUGUUGGCUCUGUCCCGGACACAGAAGCUGCCGCAACCGGGAGAGGACAUCCAGAUCCUGGAGCUGCUGGUGCAGAGGGACAGGGAGUUCCAGGAGCUGAUGGAGACGGCUCAGCAGCAGGGGGAGGUGCACCAGGAGAUGCAGCUGCUGGAGAAGGAGGUGGAGAAGAGAGACAGCGACAUCCAGCAGCUGCAGAAACAGCUCAAGGAGGCCGAACACAUCCUGGCCACGGCUGUUUACCAGGCGAAAGAAAAACUCAAAUCCAUCGACAAAGCUAGGAAAGGGAGCAUCUCUUCAGAGGAAAUCAUCAAGUACGCUCACAGGAUCAGCGCCAGUAACGCGGUGUGUGCGCCGCUCAACUGGGUCCCAGGGGAUCCACGCAGACCGUAUCCAACUGACCUGGAAAUGCGCAGUGGGAUGCUGGGUCACAUGGCCAACCUGCCGACCAAUGGCGUGAACGGACAUCUGCCUGGUGACGCUCUGGCUGCUGGGAGGUUGCCAGACGUCCUGACGCCUCACUACCCCUGGCAGUCCUCGGACGUCUCCGUGGGGAUGCUGCCUCCUCACCAUGGCAACGACUUCGGCCUGGAGCCUCCAGGUCACAACAAGGAGAACGAGGACGACGUGGAGGCAAUGUCGACCGAUUCCUCCAGCAGCAGCAGCGACUCAGACUGAGUGUGUGUGUGUGUGUGUGUGUGUGUGUGUGUGUGUGUGUGUUUUUGGUGGUGUGUGUGUGUGUGUGUGGUGUGUGUGUCACCACAAAGAAUCAUGCGAAAUUGCCACUUUAAAUCUUGUGUUUACCAGAGAUGCGUUAGAAGUUUCUUGGAAUUCAAUCAAUCAGCAUCAAAAAAAUGACCAACGGACUAAAUAAAUAUUAAAGGUGCUCUAAGCGAUGUUGUGUGACGUUACUUCUCGUUGACGUUCAACAUAUUUAAAAAAAAAAAAAGGCUAGCUCGCCCCUCCCUCAUCCUAUCCCCUCCGUUCUGUGCACAACCCCCUCCCCCAUCCUUCUUGUUGGUUAUUGGCUGGAAGACUGUGUAGAAGCAAAUAAAACAUCCUGUUAAUUUUCAAAAUAAAAUACCCUAUGCUCACAGCGGAUCAUAUCUCCCUGCACUACACCUUGAAAACAGCACAGAGCUGUUCCCCUUCUACUCUGGUUAGAAACUAACUGGUGGUUUUGUGGUUCUACGAGAUUUCCUGCGUCCUUGAGACUUCAGCUGUCAGUCAUGGCCGUAGCCGUUCCGCAACAGAUCGGACCUGAAGGACAACGGAACCGACACACAUCCUGUGUUUGGGGGUUAAACCCAUGACCUCGCUUAGAGCACCUUUAAUUGAAGUUUGAGAAUUGAAGUUUUGAACAAAAUAAGUGGCUUUUUAAAACUUAUGUGAGUUUUUUUCCUGUCAGCUGUAUGUUCUAUGUGUAAUGUGAGUUAAAUAACAAAACUGACAAAUGCUGUUUUACCGCCGUGUAAAUAAGCUUGUACAUAUUCUUGUAAAUAAAUACUUUUUGAAUAGAAA